UUUCACACCUUUUCCAACGCUCCUAUUCAUGUUUCCUGUCUGGGUCUUUUUUAAAUUGAUUUAAAAUUCUCUCAAAGCUCUUAAAACCUUCUUUCUUUUGUUUAAAGUUUAUAUUGUUGAUCUCUUUUUUUUUUAUUAUUAAGAUUAACUGAAAAUGGCUUCCCACAUUGCUGGAUAUCCCCGCAUGGGACCAAAGAGAGAGCUUAAAUUUGCUUUGGAAUCUUUCUGGGAUAAGAAGAGCAGUGCUGAUGAUUUGAAAAAAGUUGCAGCUGAUCUCAAGUCAUCCAUAUGGAAACAGAUGUCUGCUGUUGGGAUCAAGUACAUCCCCAGCAACACUUUCUCAUUCUAUGAUCAGAUGCUUGAUACCACAUCAAUGCUUGGAGCUGUUCCGCCUAGAUAUGGCUGGAAUGGUGGUGAGAUUGGAUUUGACACUUACUUCUCCAUGGCCAGAGGAAAUGCCUCUGUACCUGCCAUGGAAAUGACCAAGUGGUUCGACACCAACUAUCACUUCAUUGUUCCUGAACUUGGACCUGAUGUUAAAUUUUCUUAUGCAUCUCACAAGGCGGUGGACGAAUUCAAGGAAGCUAAGGCACUCGGAGUUAACACUGUCCCUGUCCUUAUUGGUCCUGUUUCGUACUUGCUGCUGUCUAAACCCGCAAAGGGUGUUGAGAAGACCUUUUCUCUUCUCUCUCUCCUCCCAAAAAUCAUCCCUGUCUACAAGGAAGUUGUAUCCGAGCUUAAGGCAGCUGGUGCUUCCUGGAUUCAGUUCGAUGAACCCACGCUUGUCUUGGAUCUUGACUCUCAACAAUUAGGAUCAUUCACUACUGCUUAUUCUGAUCUGGAAUCGACUCUUUCUGGCUUGAAUGUUCUGAUCGAAACUUACUUUGCUGAUCUUACUCCUGAGGCGUACAAGACCCUCACUGGAUUGAAGGGUGUCACUGCUUAUGGUUUGGAUUUGGUUCGUGGAACGCAGACUACUGAAUUGGUCAAGAAGGAUUUCCCCAAGGGAAAAUACCUCUUUGCUGGAGUUGUUGAUGGAAGGAACAUUUGGGCCAAUGAUCUUGCUUCCUCUCUUAGCACCUUGCAGGCGCUUGAAGCUGUUGUCGGCAAAGACAACCUCGUGGUGUCCACCUCCUGUUCGCUUCUCCACACCGCUGUCGAUUUAGUAAAUGAAAUCAAGCUUGAUGACGAAAUCAAAUCCUGGCUUGCAUUCGCUGCCCAGAAAGUUGUUGAAGUUAAUGCACUUGCCAAGGCAUUGGCUGGUCAGAAGGAUGAGGCCUUCUUCUCUUCCAAUGCUGCUGCUCAGGCUUCGAGGAAAUCCUCCCCAAGAGUAACCAAUGAGGCUGUUCAAAAGGCUGCUGCUGCUUUGAAGGGCUCUGAUCACCGUCGAGCAACAAAUGUUACUGCUAGACUCGAUGCGCAGCAAAAGAAGCUUAACCUACCUAUCCUCCCUACCACGACCAUCGGUUCCUUCCCUCAAACUGCGGAACUCAGGAGAGUUCGUCGUGAAUACAAGGCUAACAAGGUCUCAGAGGACGAUUACGUUAAAGCCAUGAAGGAGGAAAUUAAGAAGGUUGUCGACCUUCAGGAAGAACUUGACAUUGAUGUCCUGGUUCAUGGAGAACCCGAGAGAAACGAUAUGGUUGAGUACUUUGGCGAGCAGUUGUCUGGUUUUGCUUUCACCGUUAAUGGAUGGGUGCAAUCUUAUGGAUCUCGUUGUGUCAAGCCACCGAUCAUCUAUGGCGAUGUUAGUCGCCCCAAGCCAAUGACUGUUUUCUGGUCAUCUGCGGCCCAAAGCAUGACUAAACGCCCUAUGAAGGGAAUGCUUACCGGUCCUGUUACCAUCCUCAACUGGUCCUUUGUUAGAAAUGAUCAGCCCAGAUUCGAAACCUGCUACCAGAUUGCCUUGGCAAUCAAGGACGAAGUCGAGGAUCUCGAGAAGGCCAGUAUCAACGUUAUCCAAAUCGAUGAGGCUGCUUUGCGAGAGGGGUUGCCGCUUAGGAAGUCUGAGCAUGCCUUUUACUUGAAAUGGGCUGUCCACUCCUUUAGGAUCACCAACUGUGGUGUCAAGGAUACCACCCAGAUCCACACACACAUGUGCUACUCUAACUUCAACGAUAUCAUCCACUCAAUCAUCGACAUGGAUGCCGAUGUCAUCACCAUCGAGAACUCACGUUCAGAUGAGAAGCUGUUGUCAGUAUUCCGUGAAGGUGUGAAGUAUGGUGCUGGAAUCGGCCCCGGUGUGUAUGAUAUCCACUCUCCUAGAAUACCGUCGACAGAAGAGAUUGUCGACAGAAUUAACAAGAUGCUGGCGGUGCUUGAGUCGAACAUCUUGUGGGUUAACCCUGACUGCGGGCUGAAAACUCGCAAGUAUGACGAGGUGAAACCAGCACUGAACAACAUGGUUGCUGCUGCCAAGCAGCUCCGCACCAAACUUGCCAGUGCUAAGUGAGAGUCGCUUAUACGAGAGCUUGGAGAGAU